AGAAUCAUCUCCCACAUGAAGACAUCCAGGAGCCUCCACAUCAUGUGUAGAAUCCCAGUCUUCUGCUGGAUCACUGCUACAGUUCUGGAGCACAUGUUGACUACAGAGCAGAGAGGAGAGCUGCCCAAGACCCUGACUGACAUGUACUCACACUUCCUGCUGGUUCAGACAAAGAGGAAGAAGAACAAGUACCAUGAGGGACAUGAGACGAGUCCACAGGAGCUGACGGAGGCUGACAGGGAAGUUCUUCUGAAGCUGGGGAGACUGGCGUUUGAACAUCUGGAGAAAGGAAACAUCAUGUUCUACCAAGAAGACCUGGAGCAGUGUGGUCUGGAUGUGACAGAGGCCUCGGUGUACUCAGGAGUUUGUACAGAGAUCUUCAAAAGAGAGUGUGUGAUCUUCCAGAAACCAGUCUACUGCUUUGUUCAUCUGAGCAUUCAGGAGUUUCUGGCUGCAGUCUACAUGUUCCACUGUUUCACCAACAGGAAGAGUGAGGGGCUGAAGGACUUCCUGAGGAUAGACUGGAAUGAGGAGGAGUAUGAUGAUGAUGAUGCAGGCAACUCUUGGAAGGAGUCAUCUCUGGAUGGUUUCCUGAGCAAAGUCAUGCUGAAAUCCCUCCAAAGUAAAAAUGGCCACCUGGACCUGUUUGUUCGCUUCCUUCAUGGCCUCUGUCUGGAGUCCAACCAGAGACUCUUAGGAGGUCUGCUGGGUCAGACAGAGAUCAGCCCAGGAACCAUCCAGAGAGUCAUCCACAACCUGAAGAAGAUGAACAGUGAUGAAAUCUCUCCUGACAGAAGCAUCAACAUCUUCCACUGUCUGAUGGAGAUGAACGACCGCUCAGUACAUCAGGAGAUCCAAGAGUUCCUGAAGUCAGAGAACAGAUCAGAGAAGAAACUCUCUGAGAUCCACUGUUCAGCUCUGGCCUUCAUGCUGCAGAUGUCAGAGGAGGUUCUGGAUGAGUUGGACCUGCAGAAGUACAACACAUCAGUCUGGGGACGACAGAGGCUGAUUCCAGCUGUGAGGAACUGCAGAAAGGCUCGACUGACUCAGUGUGGACUCUCAGAGACUCACUGUGAAGUUGUGGCCUCAGCUCUGAAGUCCAACCCCUCCCAUCUGACAGAGCUGGACAUGAGUGAGAACAACCUGCGGGAUUCAGCAGUGAAGCUUCUAUGUGCUGGACUGGAGAGUCCAAACUGUCGACUGGAGACUCUGAGACUGAGUCACUGUGACCUGUCAGAGAGAAGCUGUGAAGCUCUGUCCUCAGGUCUCAGCUCUCAGUCCUCUAAUCUGAGAGAGCUGGACCUGAGUAACAGUAACCUGAAGGAUUCAGGCGUGAAGCUUCUGUCUGAAGGACUGAAGAGUCCACACUGUGCUCUGGAAACUCUCAGACUUAACAUCUGUGAACUCUCAGAGGAAAACUGUGAAGCUCUGUCCUCAGUUCUCAGCUCACAGUCCUCUAGUCUGACAGAGCUGGACCUGAGUAUCAGAAAGCUGCAGGAUUCAGGAGUGAAGCUUCUGUCUGCUGGACUACAAAGUUUAAACUGUAAACUGAAUACUCUGAGACUGAGUGGCUGUAACCUGUCAGAGAGAAGCUGUGAAACUCUGUCCUCAGUCCUCAGCUCCCAUGCCUCCAGUCUGAGAGAGCUGGACCUGAGUAACUCUGACCUGCAGGAUUCAGGAGUGAAGCUUCUGUCUGCUGGACUAAAGAGUUCACAGUGUGCAGUGGAAACUCUCAGUCUGUCAGGCUGUCUGAUCACAGAGGAAGGCUGUAUUUCUCUGGCAUCAGCUCUGAGCUCCAACCCCUCCCAUCUGAGAGAGCUGGACCUGAGCUACAAUCAUCCAGGAGACUCAGGAAUGAAGCUGCUGUCGGCUGGACUGAAGGAUCCAGGCUGGAGACUGGACAUCGACACAAACACAGUGAACACAAAGCUCCAACUGUCUGAAGACAACAGGAAGGUGACACGUGUGAAAGAGGUUCAGUCAUAUCCUGAUCAUCCAGACAGAUUUAAUGUUUGUCCUCAGCUGCUGUGUAGAAAUGGUCUGACUGGUCGCUGUUACUGGGAGGUCGAGUGGAGAGGAGACGUUUUUAUAUCAGUGAGUUACAGAAGAAUCAGAAGAAAAGGAGGCAGUGACUGUGGGUUUGGACACAAUGAUCAGUCCUGGAGUCUGUACUGCUCUGAUGAUGGUCCUCAUUCUGUCAGGCACAAUAACAGACAAACAUCCAUCUCCUCCUCCUCCUCCUCUGUCUCUAACAGAGUAGCAGUGUAUGUGGACUGUCCUGCUGGCACUCUGUCCUUCUACAGAGUGUCCUCUGACACUCUGAUCCACCUCCACACCUUCAACACCACAUUCACUCAAACUCUUUAUCCUGGGUUUUGGUUCUAUCCUGGUGCCUCAGUGUCCCUGUGCUGA